AUGGUAUAUUGUUCAAAUGAUCUUGCUGAAAGAAUGGUAAUGUGGGAGGAUUUGAAGAGAUUGAAGAUAAGAAAUGAACCUUGGGUAAUUUGUGGGGACUUCAACAAUGUGGUUAACUUCAAUGAGAGAGUGGGAUCUAAUGUGACUCUCCAUGAGGUGGAAGGGAUAAGAAGAUGUCUGUGGGACUAUGAGGUGCAGGAUAUGGUGAGUGUGGGUCCUUUCUACACUUGGUCAAAUAAGCAAGAGGGGGAAGAGAGGGUCUAUUCGAAAAUAGAUAGAGUGUUUGUGAAUGAAGGAUGGAUGAUGGAAUUUAAAGGAGCAAAGGCACACUUCCUUCCUGAGAGUAUAUCUGAUCAUACUCCAUGCAUCAUACAUUUUGAAGAUAAUCAGGGUGGGGCCUCAAAGGUGUUUCGAUUUUUCAAUAUGUGGACACAAGCAGCUGAGUUUAAGGCCAUUGUGAUGAGAGGUUGGCACAAACAAUAUACAGGAUGUGCUAUGUUUAAAGUAGUGAGGAGAUUGAAGGGGUUAAAAGGGGACUUGAAAGAGUUAAACAAGAAGAAAUUCUCUAAUAUAGAGAAUGAGGCAGACCUGGCUUAUAAAGAGCUAAUUAGCAUCCAGAAACAGCUGCACUCAGACCUGAGAAAUCAAGAGUUGCAGGCAAGUGAAAGUCAAGCUAGAAGGAAAUAUUUGCACUGA